AGUCUUCACCACAGGCACUUACCUCCACUAGAGGAGGAGGGAAAGCUGCCGACUAGCUCGAUUCUUCGUUCUUGAAUUUGUCCGCUAAGACGUCGGUUAAGCACGUUUAAGCCGCUGCGAUGAAGCUGUCGAUGCGGCCAGUGCCGCCAUGCACGGCGGUGAAGAGCCCUCCGAAGCACCAACGUUCCCGGUGCUGCACCCUCACUCGACCUUCCACGGAUUCGCCUAUCAAAGACCUGAAAUUGGAUCGUCACCAUUACCAAUCCCACAAGAUCUCCUCGUACUUCCUCGACCCCGUGCUAAACCAGGCCGCGCCCGUGCCCAGGCCCGCGAGGCUGGGAAACAGGUGGAUGGAGUACCAAGGCGUCCGGAACUGGGAUGGCCUCCUCGACCCGCUUGACGACAACCUGCGCUGCGAGAUCCUCCGGUACGGCGGCUUCGUGGACGCCGCGUACAAGGCCUUCGACUUCGACCCCUCCUCCCCCACCUAUGCCACGCGCCGCUUCUCCAAGAGCUCGCUGCUCGAGCGGUGCGGGUUGCCGAGCACCGGGUACCGGAUAACGAGGAACCUGAUGGCGAGCUCGGGGAUCCAGUUGCCGCGCUGGGCCGAGAGGGCUCCCGGCUGGAUGUCCACUAGGUCGAGCUGGAUUGGGUACGUCGCGGUGUGCCAGGACAAGGACGAGAUCGCCCGGCUGGGGCGGAGGGACAUUGUGAUCGCCUACCGAGGGACGGCCACGUGCCUCGAGUGGCUCGAGAACCUGCGCGCCACGCUCUCUCACAUCCCCGCCUCGUGCUCCUCCGACGCGGGCACGCCGGACGCGCCCAUGGUGGAGAGCGGGUUCCAAAGCCUCUACACGUCGCACGCCCCGACUUGCCCGAGCCUGCAGGAAAUGGUGCGCGAGGAGAUCUCGCGGCUCCUGCGGUCCUACGGCGACGAGCCGCUCAGCCUGACCAUCACCGGCCACAGCCUGGGCGCGGCCCUGGCGACGCUGACCGCAUACGACCUGAAGACGGUCUUCGGGAGGGCAGCCCCACAUGUCACCGUCGUGUCCUUUGGCGGCCCACGGGUGGGCAAUCGGAGCUUCCGGUGCCGCCUCGAGGAGCAAGGGACCAAGGUGCUGCGCAUCGUCAACUCGGACGACCUGAUAACCAAAGUACCCGGGUUCGUCAUCGACAGAGCCGACGGCGACCACGUCUCGAGUGACCGGGACGUCUGGGUGGCGGGCUUGCCGAGCUGGAUCCAGAGGCGCGUGGCAGACACACAGUGGGAGUACGCUGAGGUGGGGAGGGAGCUCAGGCUAAGCAGCAAGGACUCGCCAUACCUCAGCGGGAUCAACGUCGCCUCGUGUCACGACCUCAAGACCUACCUGCACUUGGUGGACGGCUUCGUGAGCUCGAACUGCCCGUUCAGAGCCACCGCGAAGAGGGUGCUCAGCGGCGGCCGCUAUAGAGCGGAGAAAGUCGGGGCACGGCCGUAAUUCGACGGCUUCCGGACCAAAGGGGCGGGCCGGCGAUGGUCGUGUUUGUAAAUAGUGGCGCCCCGUGAGAGAUGUGGAUCAGCAAUAUCUUAAGAUCGUGCCCCAAAAUGGAAAAUCACUAUGGAUUUCCAUAGUUGGAGAUUGCACGGACCAGUGGGUUAUCCCACAUUGCUUGUCCCGCUACCCUUUUUAGUCAACUUACAUGUAAUUGAAUCAUCACACAUAUUAUUUGUUU